CAGCAGCCAUUGCAAAACCCACAAAACAAAACCCCUCCUCCGUUCUCUCGAGUACCUUCUCCUUCUCCACUAAACGCUAUCGCCGCUGCUCUCUCCGAUUCACCACACUCACUCACCUGCCAAAAUCUUAAUCGUCAGUACAUCCUGAUUUGAAAAGGACGCCAACGCUUUUCGUUUCUCUCUAAGCUUCAAAGAAAUGUCGACUGUAAUGCAGAAAAUCAAAGACAUCGAAGAUGAGAUGGCAAGGACUCAAAAAAACAAGGCUACAGCUCACCAUCUCGGCCUGCUCAAGGCAAAACUUGCAAAGCUACGAAGGGAACUUCUUGAGCCAUCGGCGAAAGGAGGUGGUGGUGCUGGUCAAGGUUUUGACGUUACUAAAAGUGGAGAUGCUAGAGUUGGUCUUGUGGGUUUUCCUUCGGUUGGGAAAUCCACUCUUCUAAAUAAAUUAACAGGGACAUUUUCGGAGGUUGCUUCCUAUGAGUUUACCACCCUGACUUGCAUCCCUGGAGUGAUCGUUUAUAAAGGAGCUAAAAUUCAGUUGUUGGAUCUCCCUGGUAUCAUCGAGGGUGCUAAGGAUGGAAAAGGUCGAGGAAGGCAGGUGAUCAGUACUGCUAGGACAUGCAACUGUAUCUUAAUUGUCCUCGAUGCAAUAAAGCCAAUAACUCACAAGCGUCUGAUAGAGAAAGAGCUUGAAGGAUUUGGCAUAAGGUUAAAUAAGGAACCGCCUAAUCUGACAUUCAGAAAGAAAGAUAAAGGUGGAAUUAAUUUUACAUCAACAGUUGCCAACACACACCUUGAUCUUGAUACUGUGAAGGCAAUAUGCAGUGAAUACAGGAUGCACAAUGCUGAUAUUACUCUGAGGUAUGAUGCAACUGCUGAUGACCUCAUAGAUGUCAUUGAGGGGAGUAGAAUUUACAUGCCUUGCAUCUAUGUGGUGAACAAAAUCGAUCAGAUUACACUUGAAGAGCUGGAGAUUUUGGACAAACUUCCUCACUAUUGCCCUGUCAGUGCUCACCUGGAAUGGAACCUUGAUGGUUUGCUGGAUAAAGUGUGGGAGUAUCUAAAUUUAACUCGCAUAUAUACAAAGCCAAAAGGGAUGAAUCCAGACUAUGAGGACCCUGUGAUAUUGUCAUCGAAGAAGCGGACAGUUGAGGACUUCUGUGAACGAAUUCACAAGGACAUGUUAAAACAAUUCAAGUAUGCUCUGGUAUGGGGGUCAAGCGCGAAACACAAACCGCAAAGGGUUGGCAAGGAACAUGAACUGGAGGAUGAAGAUGUCGUGCAGAUUAUUAAAAAGGUGUGACCAUCAACACCAAGAUUUGCAAUAGUGCUCCAUCGAAUUUUCUGCAAUAUGAAAGCAGUUGUGUGAAAGAGCAUCGAAUUCUCUGCAUUAGUAAGGUAAUUGGGUAUAAAAAAGCUUGCAGACAGCAUGACAUGUGUAAUUAAUCCGUUUUGACGAGGGUUUCGUGUUGUUUCUCGUGACUUAGUCUAUAAUGGUGUUGUAUGCUACCUCUAAUGAGAUUGAACAUAGCAAAGAAAACUAGUUGAGAUAAUUUGGAGAAAUCUUGAGGGAAAGAAUUAUCUCUCUUGUGAACUUUCUUUAGAGAACUAAUCAGACGAAUUCAUGGAACUUCUGGAAA